CAGAUUGUUAUCGCCGCUGCUGAAUGCUCGCGGAUUCCUUUGUGCCCGUUCACGCGCUGCUCGCGACAACGCGGGACGAAGGCGCCGCGGCUCGAAGGCGCUCGUCUGUAAAAUCCCGCGGGGCCGCCGGGGCGAGGAGAGAUGCGGACACGUCGACUCCACCGUCUAAUCUCGUAAUUGAUCGCCGCGAGCCGACGCGGACGGCGCUCGGUUCCGGCAUUCCCGAUGCGGUAAAAACACGUUCUCGCGAUAAGCGCGCGCUUCUCGGAAGAUUCUCCGAGGAGGCGGGUCCGGAUCCGCGUGUGUACACUGUGUACCCGGAUCCGCGAGCACCGCGAGUGUGGAUACUCGAGGGGCGAGGAGGAUUCUUCCCCGAUGAGCUGCGCGACUACCACUGCGACGAGGCGCGACGAACAUUCCCCGGCGCACCGUCGGCGACUGGGCGAUACGAUACCCUCGGCUCAGGCGCACCGAUGCAUUCGUAAUAAAUCGCGCUUCGCCUGCUUGGAGAUAACGUCCCGCAAUAUUGAGACAGUACUAUCAGUAAGGCGACGGUCAUAUCUAACAUCGCCACGACGAUCAUAAACAAUUGUCAAAGAUCACUUGUCAACGACGGGCCGUUCAUACGUCCAGAGAAAGAAAUACAGUCCUCUGAAUUGGAGAAGAAAUUGUAUUAUAUCAGAUAUACUCAUAUACAUACCACUCAUUACCAAUCUUGUUUGAUUAAAAACAGAAGAGGAGAAGAGAAAAGAUGUGCUCGGCGAAGCACAUUUUUAUCUAUCCUAUUGUGAGUAACAAGUUUGAUAUACGAGCUUAAAAUAUGGCCUUAAAGAGUUUAUCGUGUUAUCAAACAUCCUGUUGAUCAGAGGGCAGUGAUAAAAUAUAUCAUGCAUUUAUACGAGAAAAAAUGAAUGCGAAGGAGACUGCAAUUUAUAUUCAAGCAUUUAUAGCGUUAUUGAGUUGAGUUACAAUUUAUAUUAUAUAUCAUGGUACAGCAGCGGCUUCCUAGUUUCGAUAUUUUUUACACAGGUGGUCGAAGUGGACGGCGAUUUAUACUGACACUCGCUGCUGGAAUGGUUUUCGGCUUUUUAUCGGCAUGUCUGCUCAUCACAUCCUCGAGAGAUGUACCGCACAUGUUCAGUUGGGUACCAGGUAGUUCUAGCCUUUCCAGAGAUCCUCAUCAUUAUUCGGAGUUGGAGUCAGAGAUUGGUCCUGAAACAGAAGUAAAAUUUCAUGGCGAUGAUGAAGAUUUUCACAAAGGAGAAGAUAGAAUAGCUCAGGAUAUGGCGAAAAAAGUGCGUGUUCUUUGCUGGGUUAUGACUGGUCCGAAAAAUCAUCAGAGCAAGGCUCGUCACGUAAAAGCGACAUGGGGAAAACGCUGCAAUGUACUUCUUUUUAUGAGUUCUGUGGCAGACGCCAGCUUACCCACUGUAGUGUUGCCAGUAAAGGAGGGUAGAGAUAAUCUGUGGGCUAAAACCAAAGAAGCGUUUAAAUACGCUUAUGAGAAGUACAAAGAUAAAGUAGAUUGGUUCAUGAAAGCCGACGACGAUACAUACGUGGUAGUAGAAAAUCUACGAUAUAUGUUGUCGUCGUACAAUCCAAAUUCGUCGUUAUACUUCGGAUGCAGAUUUAAACCUUUCGUGAAACAAGGUUACAUGAGCGGUGGCGCAGGAUAUGUACUUAGUAAGGAAGGCUUACGCAAAUUCGUGGAAGAGGGCUUACCCGACAAGACCAAGUGCCGACCGGAUAACGGCGGUGCGGAGGACGUGGAGAUGGGAAAAUGUCUCGAAAAGAUUGGUGUACGCGCGAUGGAUACCAGAGAUCCUCACGGGCGCGGUAGAUUCUUUCCGUUCGUGCCGGAGCACCAUUUGAUACCAAAUCAUGUAGACAAGAAUUUUUGGUAUUGGAAGUAUAUCUAUUACGAUACCAAGGAUGGCUUGAACUGCUGUUCGGACAGUGCCGUUUCAUUCCACUACGUGUCACCGAACAUGAUGUACGUUCUAGAGUAUCUAAUUUACCAUUUGAGGCCAUAUGGCAUCAAUCACAGUCUGGAGAGACCUUCUCCGGACCGACCGUUGACGUUGACCGAAUACUAGUCCGUACACUCGUAAAUAGAUCAUAAGGUUCUAUAAUUCUUGUUUUAUAUACAUGAUACUAGUCCAUUCGAGCCAACGAUAUAACUGUAAUAUACUUUCAGCGGAUAAAGUGUGAUAUAUCGUACUUCUUAAAUAGACGAGGUCUUUAUACGUAUCUAUAUUAAAGUCAGGACACUACGGCCAUAAUGGAUAUAACUAUAGUGUAGAGUAGAAAGGAUAGGGAGAUAGUGCAAGCACAAUAGAUAUGCGUCAUGAAGAUUCAGGAUUUCAUCAUUUUUUAGAGCAUCAAAUCACGUGUUAAAUUUGUAAGAUGAGAUGUGAUAAUAACUUCUUAAAACUCCUAAAUAAUAAAAUGUUGAUCCGCAGAA